UUCAUGUGACUAUAAGUACUACUGGGUGUGUUUGCUGUGCCAUAUUUGUUAUUCUUUUUUAUUGUCAUUUCUAGGUCACGCCGAGGAGACGCUCAGUAACAUAGACGCAUACCUUUGACACAGUAAAGUAGAUCUGGCAAAUUAAAGAGAGAGAGAGAGAGAUAUGGAAACAAGUCCAGAACAUCUGUCGCUGAUAAUUGCCCCUCCAGUGGCGGGAGGGGUCGUACUGGCUGUCGUGGUUGUCGUUAUUGUUUUUUGCAGGCGGCGGUGUAGAAAGCAGGAUAUAGACAGGAGUGUGAAAAAACAAGGCAACGAAAUCACAGGUGGUGUGAGAUAUGAGAAGAAAACGGGCAUCGAAAACGUGGCAAUGGAUUACGAUUCAACAGCUCAAUUAACGGCGAGCGAGAGAAAUGACGGAAGGAAGAAUGAAAUUCUUAAAGGCAAGGCUUCGCAAAACCAUACUCCAUCUACCGGUGAGUACCUCCACUUCGCUGACAGCGGUUCAUCCCUGAAGCAGCACAUGUAUGGCAAUGUCAGUGUGACAAUGGACAACUCCUUACGGUCCUCAUCGGGCGUCAUAGACACAUAUCAGGUGGGACCUGCAUUGACGCCACACGAUUCCAAUUAUUCUCAAUUCAUGACGUCAUCAUGCCACAGUUAUGUGAACACAAAACAGAAGGGGGAAGGCACAAACAGUGAGACGCGUGGUUCAAGCGAGAGUGCAGAUUAUACGUAUGCCUGGCCUACUUUUUCUAUUAAGAAGGGUAAAGAUGUGCCUUUAACGAACUAUGGGACCUAUGAAGAUGUUGGAACCAGUGGGUCAAAUCUUUCUCGCAAGAAGUGAUAGCUUGUUGCUUAUGCAAAGUGAUCUCAGGUCAUUCAACGUGUUGUUAUUUUCAGAUAUCACCUUUUUAUUUACAUUAAAUUAAUGUGCUUUAUUAUAGUGCGUAAUGCCUUGAUAUAUAAAACACAAACAGCCCAUGUGACUUAUCAUUCUGAUUACGAUAAUUAAAAUGAAUGUGGUUGUGUCUUAUAUCUUACUUUGCGUGCAAUUCAACUAAUAACUGUUAGACUGACCCCCUCCUCCCCCAAAAAAUUAUAAUAAAUAAAUUAUUAGAAAAAAAAAGAAAAAAAAUACGCAGUUUAUUAUAAAAAAAAUGUCGCUGCAUUGCUUCAUCCAGGAUUCACGUCAUCAUCCGACGGAAACAAAUGAGAACUGUGAUCCCAAGCAAAAGUUGUCCAUAGCUUCGUGUAACAUAUGGGUUAUUAUUUUUUUACUCUUUUUGAGCAUAAGGGUAUAAAAAUACAGUAACAUUUUCACAGAAUGUUGUUCAGUGCAUCCACAAAAGGGACAAUUUGCAUAUUCCAUGUAUCCCUUUGAAGGAUUAUUUUUCUCGUUACCGUCGCUUUAACAUGCAAAAGUCCAUAUCAACUGCUUCGUGUAAUUCAAUCUGGAUCUAUCAAAAACAUUCAGUGAUUUGGAUUCUCUAUGUCGUAGCUUUUUUCACUCCUGCUUGAUGUGUCCAAAUGUAAUAAUGUAUACAAGUUGCAUAAACUAAAUAUACUGCUCGAGUCCUAUGAAAUUUAAUAUGAUUAGGGUAUAUUUACAUGUAGAUCAGUGCUGGUUCGUUUUUCUAUGAUCCAGUCAAAUACUUACGGCGAAAAAAAACCCUUUUUAGUGUCAGAUUAGAGAAACGAUGUUAUGCGCAUGUCGCAA